AUGAAUUCUCAUUUCCACCAAUCCCAAACUCCAAGCCACCACUCUUCAAAACCCGGCAAAAAAAGGCUCGCCGGAGACCAACUUCAAAUCCUGGAAUCAAAUUUCAAUGCCAACCAGAAGCUAAAAGCCGAACACAAGCUCGAACUUGCUAGCCAACUAGGAGUCCCGCCAAGACAAGUCGCGAUAUGGUAUCAGAACAAAAGAGCCAGGCACAAAGUCGAAACGAAAGAGCACGAGUACAAGAACAUCCAGCACGAGCUAGGUAAUGUGCUAGCAGAGAAGAUUAACCUCGAGAAAGAAGUUCAGAUGUUAAAAUACGAGCUGAACAAGGCUCGAGAGAUGCUAGCACUUGCAUCGACAACAUCUGCAACUGCAUCUGAUGAUGAUCAUGCCAAUUCAUACUCACCUGGAAAUCUGACAUUUAGUUGGCUUGAUACCAGCAACUUAUUAUCAGGAGAGGAGAUAUACGCUAGUCUGACUGGUCCUGCUUCCAUGCUGGAGAAGUACACCAGCAAUCACGGCCUCUUGGCUGAAUCUAUGAAACCUAACCAUGAUACAAACAGCGACUAUUAAUUGUAGAACUUCAGAAGUUUAAUGUUAUUGUUUUAAUAUCAAAAUCAAAUCAAUUACGUAUA